AUGGAAGGAGCGAAGGAUUGCGGGGAUGCAGUCGAGUUGCCUAGACGUCAUGCCGGAGAUGAAACCGAUGAGCAAGCUUCUCCUGGGCCGGAAGCGCAUGCAGCAGAGUCAGCACAUGGAAACAGUCCCCCAAGCGAAGCGAGAUACCUGGGGGAGCUUGUCGAAGUGCUACUCAAACUAGGUGAGUACCGGAACCAGCAGAUCGGGGGCAGAGACAAGUUUCGCCUUACGUAUGGGCUUGUUAUCCGGGAGAUCGAUCGCGUCUGGAAUCUCGUGUACGCGAGGGCUCGUAGAAAUGGCAUCUUACCGUACAGACGCUACGUACACGAGAUACCAACUACUCGUUUGGUCGUACUGGAAGAAAAAGUCCCAAUCCCAGAACGUCCGGAAUGCAAAUUUAUCGGGCGCAUUCUGGGACCGCGUGGAAUGUCCGUGAAGCAGCUGGAAGCACGAACGCAGUGCACUAUUUCGAUUCAUGGCAGGGGUUCUGUCAAAGUAAGGAUCCAGUGCAGUGAAUUACUUUAA